UGGUGCGAGUUUGGUUUCAGUCUACCGGCGGAGAACGACUGUUUCACAGGCCAGAGAAGAAACGCCAUUUUGCGUGGAGCUGAGAGGACAUUUUUCAACUUAUUUUGAAAGGUUGAACCUAAAAUGCCCAGCACACGCUCUCAGGGCCGAGCUCAGCCCACGAUUGAGUUCCCUCGACGCAAAUCCUGCAGAGUUUCCUCCGGCUCCAAGAAGCCGCCGAUCCAGACGUCCCUGGCUCUGUCGCCAACCAAACCCGAACCUCAGCCCCACGCCCCGGCUCUGACUCAGAUCGGGCCGCUCUCUCCAAGACGUCCCAUUGACCAGCCCACCCCUCUGUCACCCAUACGCCACACUUCUCUUUCUCCAGGGCGGCCAGUCUCCCUCUCGUCGCCUCUUUCACCCAGACGUGCUGCAGCCCAGUCAGCAGCACCUUCCUCCCCUGGUCUCCAAAGCCGGCUUCCUCUCAGCCCCCGAAAGCGCACAGGAGAUGACAAUGGCUGCAACCUUGGCACCGCUCUGCAUUGUUCACCUUCAAAACAGAAGAAGCUGACCCUGGCUUCACCACGAAAACCGGGCUUUGACGAGAACUCGCCCGUCCCGGCCCGCAGACAGCUGAUCCCAUCUUUAACAGGACAGACGCCCCCUCCUACUGCCAAAUCGUCUCCGAAGUGUCAGGAAACGCCCACUGGGAGCCCAAGCCACAAAAAUUUGGACAAGAAGCCACCUGUUGCUCGACUGUUUGCAGAAAAGCUGAGGUUUCAGAGUGUGAAGCAGGCACUACACACCGCCAUCCCAGAGCGCCUCAUGUCCAGGGAGGCCGAGCGGGCGUCCAUCCGGUCCUUCCUGGAGGAGAAGGUGCUUCAGUGUGUCCCUGGCAGCCUCUACAUCUCCGGAGCCCCGGGAACAGGCAAGACGGCCUGCCUCAACUGUGUGCUGCAGGAGAUGAAGGCCGAGCUGUCGUCAGUGCAGACGGUGAUGGUGAACUGUAUGAGUCUGAGGAGCUCCCACGCUGUCUUCCGAGUGCUGGCUGACAAACUGAAAGCAUCUGGCGGGCAGAACGGACUCCAGAGGAUCCUGACGGCCCCGGGGCCCACUGUGCUUCUUGUUCUGGAUGAGAUGGAUCAGCUGGACAGCAAAGCCCAGGAUGUCCUCUACACCAUCUUUGAAUGGCCGUACCUGCCCAAAUCUCGCCUCCGUCUCAUCGGCAUUGCGAACGCUCUGGAUCUGACGGACCGUAUCCUGCCCAGACUGCAGGCUCGCGCUCAGUGUCGCCCCCAGCUGCUGCACUUCCCUCCCUACAGCAGGGAGGAGCUCACUGCCAUUGUACAGGACAGACUCUCACAGGCAUCAGCUGAAGGGAUCCUCGACGCUUCAGCGAUUCAGUUCUGUGCCAGGAAAGUUUCGGCGGUGUCAGGAGACGCUAGGAAAGCUCUGGAUAUCUGCAGGAGAGCCGUUGAGAUUGUGGAAUCUGACGAGAGAAAGAAAGGAAGCGAUCCAAAAGGUGAAACUAAAGCGUCUCGGGUCAGCCUCCCUCAGGUUGCGAGGGUGCUGUCGGAGGUGUACGGCGACCGCAUGGCGUCUCAGAGCGGCGGCUCUGAGGGCGAGAGUUUCCCCCUGCAGCAGAAGCUGCUGGUGUGCUGCCUGCUGCUGCUCAUUCGCAACGGGAAGAGCAAAGAGAUUGGCCUGGGAAAGCUCCAUGAGGUUUACAGCCGCCUGUGUGCUCAGAGGCAGGUGUCCGGAGUGGGUCAGGGGGAGUGUUUGUCGCUCUGCAGUCUGCUGGAGAGUCGGGGAAUCUUUGCUCUGAAAAAAGCCAAAGAGGCUCGUCUCACUAAGGUGUUCCUGAAGAUUGAGGAGAAAGAUGUUGAAAACGCUCUGAAGGAUCGAACGCUGCUGGGCAGCAUCCUCGCUGGAGGACUCCCUUCAUGAUCUUCUGACCACUUAGUCUUUUUAACACUUGAUAAUAUAUAUAUUUUUUUAUGUUGCACGAUGAGCCGAGAUUUUUCAAAGAUGUAUUUUUUUGUUCCGAUUUUUGAUGGGAAUUUGUACAGUUUUUAAUGAAGUUGAGUUAAAAGUGAACUCACAUCAAAUGACAGCAUUUGUUGUUUUUGGAUUUGAAAUGUUUCCUUUUAUGUUGUAAGUAAAUGC